CUCAAUUGUCGGACAUUUUGACAACCGCCGUCACGUUAACGCGACAGCUUUAAAUCAUGUUAGCGGUUUCUUGUUGCCAAUGAAGAUUCGGCAUGUCGCUCUCGUUCCAAUGGCUGUGAGGUGAGUAGGCGGGCUCAGGAGCUGUGUAGUUUGUUUGACGCAGCAGAGUAAAUAGAGGUGUCAUGUGAUCAAAGACUGACAUUAGUACGUGACCUACUUUACUACUUUAUUGUGGUUCUUCUUCUUUCACAGCUGAUCGUACUCAUUUCAGAUUUGAUUACAUGGGUUUGUUCAACCCUCGUCCACCACAAGUUUAGAUUGUUUUGUUUUUUUAUGUAUGUGUUGAAAACAGUAAGUUCAGUUCCUAAAAACUUCAGGUUUCCUACACAUAACAUAAACAUCAAAGUAGACAGAUAAUACUAAAGUAGACCGAUAAUAAUAAAAUAAAAGCAGUUUUGGCCCCAUUACCAAUUAGUGAGAUACCACUACCACCACUAGUGACAUUUCAUUAAUAGUAGCCUAUACUAUAUUAAUGAGAUAUACAUGUUGCACCGUGUAGGAGGUCUAUUGCCAUCUAAUACCUGACAAACUAAAUUGCCAUGAUAUGUUCAUUUGUUAAUGUUGAAGUGAAUCGAAUCAUGCCUGGAAUAAAUGUUAGAUUUAUUUGUAAACACAAGACAUACAACUGAAAUUUAUACGAUUUAAUAUUAUAAAAUGUUGUUGUCUAGAUCAGUGGUUCUCAAACAUUUUGAGCUCUCAAAGUAACACCAUUAUCACCAAUGGUAAAAUACAGUGGUGUAAAUAAAUCGAGCUCAAAGGAGGCAGAUUUGCUCUCUCAUCAUCAUCCUCUUCCUCACAUAUACUGGUAUAAUCUAUAAUGUGUAAUAAUCUAUGUUUUAAAUACAGUAUUUGACAAGAGGAAGAAGUUUAACAACCUCUGAGGAUCAGCAGUAGUAACUAGAUACAGACAUUACAUUCUUAUAGCAUUUUGGAUAAAAGCCAAAGCAUUUUUAGGUGAUUGAAUAUUAUGAAAGUGCAACACAGAACCUCAAGUUUUAUUUCUCCUUUCUACAUUAAGUGUCAGUCUUUUUAAACAGGUGGUGUCCUGUCAGACAAAUGGUUUUGGAUUUCACUUGGCCAGAUUUUCAGAUAUCUCUAUAAAUGUUUCAAUGUUAGUCGUAAGGCGAUCACUGUUUUAAUGUACUUUAUAUAUCAUUACAUUACAUGUAAUUUAGCAGACGCUUUUAUCUAAGGCGACUUACAAUGGAAUUGAGUACAAUCAGCCAGGGGUGGAGUCGAACUUGCAACCAUUGCGACCAUGAUGUUUUUUGCACACAGGGUACCGGUCUUAACCACUGAGCCACUCCACCCCCCACCCCAGCAUUACAGGGACAGGCAACCCAUGUGGCUGUAACCAUGAUGUGGUUGAUGAAAUCUAGAUGAUGGGUCUUGAAAUAAGCAUUACUGAUAAAAUAAUAAAAUUUAUUUUUUUGCAGGGCCCUCUCAUCUUAUCUUGUAUAUUCUAGUGUCACGCCCUGUUUGGUAAAAUUCUGAGGAAACAGGUGAGCUGUUUGCUGUCAGUUCUGUAAAACAGAUACCGUAGAUUGACUAGAAUGAGGAACAGGAAACACCACAUUAUCCACACAGGAUUAUUAAAGCGGAUAAUUUUGGAGCCACUUUGAAUAGUAAGCAUCACCUUCAGCAACAUAUCAGUCGGAUCAAACCUUGAGGUAGGUUCAUCUUUUUUUGCUAUUGUGUGCUUUUAAGAGGAAUCCAGCUGUAACAUGUAGUGCAUUGGAGCCUCACAUGGUUCAAUAAAGCCUCAAAUUAAUCAUGUACAAACACAAAAUUAACAGCAAUAGGUAAUAAUGAAUCCUAUUUCUUUUUUCCAGCUUCCAGUCGAAGAACAAUGAAUGACUCAUUUAAUGACAGCCAAUAUUUCACUGACUAUGCCAAUAUCAAUGAUGAAGUCUGUGAAAAGGAGGAUUUAGUCAGCUUUGCAUCCAUUGCCAUUCCGGUUUUCUUCACCGUUGUGAUCACACUGAGCCUCAUAGGAAACAUCCUCGUCCUCGUAAUACUGGCUCUGUAUGAAAACAUCAAGUCUCUGACCAACAUUUUUAUCCUCAACCUGGCCAUCUCUGACCUCGUUUUCACUGCCGGUCUUCCCUUCUGGGCCAUUUACCACAUCUCGGGAUGGGUGUUUCCAGACCUGCUUUGCAAUAUUGUGACUUUUGUUUUUUUCAUUGGGUUUUACAGCAGCAUCCUUUUCCUGACCAUAAUGACCAUCUACAGAUAUCUGGUCGUGGUCCACCCUCUCUCUAAACUGAGCGCACGAAAACACAGAGUUGGCAUUUUUCUGUCUAUCCUAAUGUGGAUGAUUAGCAUCGGAGCAGCCAUGCCCUCGCUACUCUACAGCGCUGUCAUCUCCAUCCCCCACAAGGACACACAUUCCCGAGGCUGUGAAUACAUAGCCACCUUGUGGGAAAUCAGUUCUGUAUCCCAACAGAAUAUUGUCUUCCUGGUUGCCUUUGUGGUGAUGGCUUUCUGCUACAUCAACAUACUGAGGAAAAUCACACGGAGAAGAUCCCACACAAAGAACAGGGCAGUUAAAUUAGUUUUCUGUAUCGUGCUUGCGUUCUUUGUCGGCUGGGUGCCGUAUAAUGUGCUCAUCUUUCUGAGGACUCUGGCUGACAAUUUGGUUGCACCAUUUGAUCAAUGUGAAAUAAGCAUCCAGCUUGAUUAUGCGUUCCAUGUGUGUCGCCUCAUCGCUUUCUCCCACUGCUGCCUGAACCCUGUCUUUUAUGCGUUUGUCGGUGUGAGGUUCAGGAGCCAUUUGAAGUCACUGCUGCGUCAAAUGUUCAGUCGGCAAAGUCCAGUGAAGGAAAUGCAGGUUACAAUGCAAAACCUUGUGUCACAAGGAUCACUGUUGUAGUCAUUGUGCAUCACUGAUUUUAAAAAUGAAUCUAGUGUACAUUUGAUGAUGCAACUUGUUAGAUAGUCAGCAGUUAAGAAGAAGUGUCGUUUUUCAUGGGAGGAUAAAACUAUUAGCAACAGUGGAUCAUCAAUAUCCUCAGUUCUUUUUUUCCACUUGUUUUAAUUUUCUUCUGUAUAUUUAUCAUAAUGUGUCAUUUCACAGAUAUUAAGUAUUGUAUUUAUAGGAUACUGUGGUAUUUCAAUGAUUCCUUUUAAACAAAAAUGUUGCAUUCUCUGUUUUGUGUGUAGAAUUGAAAAUAUUCAAUAAUCAUUUUCCAUAAAAUAUAUAGUUGUUAUACCGUGUGGGUGAAAACUGCAUUUAUUGUUUUUCCU